AUGGCUUCAGGAAAGAGAAAGAACGACGCACAGGAUGGCGCCGCUGGCUCCAAACGACCAAGAAAGAAUGAAAUCCCUGCGACGAGAAAAUUCGAGCCUCGCGAGAAAUUUCGAAAGGUAGUCCAGCUGCCUAAACAGAAUGGACCGCCUGCAAAGGACAUUCACCUCAUUCCCCUCAGCGACCUGAACAUCUUUAUCGGACUCACGAGAAAGGACAUUCAAAGGCAGCUGCGCGCGCGCAAAGAGAACCUGUCCGAGAAUGGCACCAAGGUCGAGCUCUAUCUGCGGCUCAUUGAGAGUCGCGAUCGCGAAGCGCAGAUCGCCUUCCGGGAUCGGGAGGCCCGAGAAUACGUGGAGAGGGCGGCGAGGAACAUUGCCAGGGAUUUCCAACAGAAGAUCGAGUUGGAGCGUGCCACUAAACAGGUGAAAGGUUUGUUUCUGAGUUAG